UCAAAAACACGAAAAGAGGAAGUGGCUGGAAAAUCAUGGAAAAUCUGCACAAUUACUACAAUGCUAAUAAAUAUCAAAUUCAGGGGAGAAACACUUCAGUGAUUCAUCCGCAGCAGAGACUCAUGAAAAUCCCGGGAAAGCCUGAGAAAAUCACUGAACAGCAUUCUACUGUUCCCAGGAGCUUCUAUUCAGACAUGACCAUAAACCCAUCGACGUCUAAGGACUGUGGACAGCAGCAAAUGUGUGGAAUCAAGAGACAAUUCCCAGAGCGAAUUUCAGAGGAAAAGAAGCUCUUAAAAACCAACAACAAGCUUCCGAUGAAGAGAUGGAAAGUCACCGUCCGGGAAACUGGCGAGAGAAGAUACCAAGAGCCGAAAAGGGCAGCAAUGCCUUCAAUGCAAAUUAUCACAGGAAGCAUUGCACAGAUAACUGCGAUUUCCAAGCAAAUGCAGGAGCAGAAUUUCACCUACGAAUUCUAUGCCAAAGUCGUGUGCAUCAAAGAUGGAAAGUAUGCGUGUGAGAAGUUGAUUCUGCUGAGAAACGAGAGUGGCCCUUUUCUGCAGGCCAUCUUCUAUGCGGUGGACCACAAAUUGCCCGCCAACGUGCAAGAAGGGCAAAUCGUGCGAUGCGUGGGACGCUUUAAUCACAAGAGCCGCUUCGUCAUCUUCAAAAUCUCACCCACAAACGCACAAUUCGUCGAUGUCACGAGUCGCCUUCAUGCGCUCUGUCACUUCACCAUCAACAAGGACAAGAAAAACUAGCUUUUCGUCCUUCAAUUCCACCCGAUUCCGCUGAAUUUUCAGAAUAAUUGUGAAAUAGAAGAGACAAUUUGAAUAGAAAAUAUGUAUUU